UUGCCAAAACAGCUGUUUAUUGAUUUUCCGUGUGCAAAAUGUUUCUGAUUUAAAAUGUUUGAGAUAACUAAUAUUCUGGAUGGUGAUGGUGAGGCAUCAAAAACUAGUUUUUCAGUGUUCGUUGCGAUUUUGUACAUGAAGGUGUUGUACAUUUUGGUAAUGACACUAUAUGCAUUGCACAGACUGAAUGAUUUCUUCUUUUAUUUGUAAACGUUUCAGUUAUGUUCUAUUUAAAAGAGCCCGCUAGCUUGAAUCAACCAUGGGUUCUAUCGUCCUUAGGAGAUGCAGAUUCAGUAACAAUCUCUACAGAUGUUACAAAAGAUUUAAAAAACUACCACAUACUUGGCAUAAAUUUCCUUUAUCAAAACUACAAGUCGAAGUUGAAGGGAGCAAUCUUGAACGAAGAAGAUGGAAUGAACAUGAUAAUACAAGUGUCAGCCUUUUUAAAUGCUAUAUACAGAAGUAAUGAGAAACAAUUUUUAAUAUUGGUUGUAUGUCCAGACCAUCAAAUAAAAUUUUGGAACUAUCAUUUGUCUGUUCAUGGGAAACUCACUGUAAAAAUUGUUCAGGCUGACUCUUGUCUUGAUGGAUUUGACAAUGAAACUGGCCUAGCUCUUGUACUUGGGACAUCAAACUUAAAAAUGGCUGAACAGCUAGCAGAAUAUGAUUAUUAUUCAAUUAUAAUUGAUGAUCAUGAUUUGGUAGCAACUAAAAUGGUUCUGAAAAAGUUGAACAGUGUUUUUAAUAUUGGUCUUACAAGAAGAAAUUUUUAUAUGAAUCCCGAUCAAAAGUUACAGUGGACAAUGUUAAAUUGGAGUAAUCCAGGAUGUGUGGGAAAGUUAAAGGAUUUCUCUGAAAUUGAUAAUGAUAAUUUAGAAUAUUUCAGAGAUAAUUACAGACAUUGGUGGUUUAGACUUACUUGGCAUUUUUGUGAGUCAUUUGUAGAAAUCACUGAUAAGGAAUUAAAGGAUUAUCAACAAAAAGUAAAUCAUUGGGGCAAAUUUAAAAAUGAUGUUUCAAAAAAUAUUUUAAACACACCUACAAUCACUGAAGUGACCAAAGAAUCUAAGAAAAGUGAAUCAAAAUCAGUCAAAACUCGGGGUAUAAUGUAUAAAAAUCCUCCUCAAUCUAAAAUUACUGUUAACCAAAAUACAAUUAAGAAUGAAAGUGUGUCACAAGUUGCAGAGGAAAAAUGUUCCCCAAAACAGUGUGCUUCAAAUACAUCAUCUGCAAGGAAAGAAUGUACUGAAAAAUCACGCAUCCAUUUAAAAAGUCUAAGUUCAAAGAAAGCGGAAUUCAUAGAUUGUAGUAUUAAAACAAUAACGGUUUCACCUAAAAAAGGUAAAAGAAAAAUAUCACAUGAGUUGUUGGAUACAAAUUUCGACAAUGAACGCACCCCAGAAGUGGUACCUUUAGAAGAAUUAUUCCAUCAUAGUUUACUUAAUGAUAGCGGCUCGAAAAGGACUAAAAUUCAUACGGAAGAUUCGAAAUUAUCAGACUACGUUAAGCUGCCAAGCAUGGAUGAAGUUCCGAUUGUUAAUUCUAUAAUUGAAAACUUAGAAAAAUCGCCGGGUCCAGCGAAAAAACAACCGUUUAAGUUUAAUACUAGUAAAAUUAACGAACCUAAUUGUUCUAAAGCUUUUAACUACGAAGAACGGGACAAGGAUGACUAUGAGGAUAUUUUGAAGUCGAUAUCAUGUGAAGAUUCAGAGAAAUAUUUUGCUGGGCAUGAAACCAAUAUAAGCAAUGUUCAAGAAGAAGAAUUCUUUAAAUCGCUAGUUGAUACCAAUAAAAUUGACGACAGCGACGAAGACACCGUAAUUAUUGAAUCUGAAACUUCUAAAAUUGUAGAACCAAUAGAAGAUGAAGCUGAAAAAUCUAAUUCAAAUGCGUCAUUAAUGGAUGAUGACAUUGAAAAAUUGUUAAGAGAAACUGACAAAAUGUUAGUGGAUCACAAAUUGUGAUUUAUUUUACUACACUUUUAGGACUGAUAAUUUAUAUUUUUUUAAUAUUAAUUGCUUUUUUUUUAACUUUUUAUAUUACUUUAUCAGCAAAAUUUAGGAGUUUAAGACUUGCUUCCAGUUCUACAUUGAACGCAUUUGGCUCAUCUUAUUCUUGCUGUGAAUUUUUAUUCAACAUUUAUUAUUAUUAUUAUUGGGGACUCUAAUUGGGAUGUGUAGUUUGUAGAUUGUACAACAUUUUAUAUUUUUAUGUGUAAUUGAAAAUAUAUAUGUUAAAGUUACAA